AUUUAUAGAUAUACAAAUACAACAUUAUACCCACUACUCUAUAGUGAGAGAAAGUGAUGGAAAAAGCAGAUGGGUCCAUGUUCCUCAACCGCAUGACAUCCAAUUGAAGUUGCUUUGCAGGAGUGGCAACCUAGGGUUCCAACUCGAUUGCUUUUCAGAGAAUUUAAAGCUGUAACAUUUCUAUUAGUCAACAAUGGGGAAGUCUCCUGGAAAGUGGAUCAAGACUGUGUUUUUUGGGAAGAAGUCGUCUAAAUCUAAUCUCUCAAAAGAUGCUACUUCAGAAAUAAAAGUAUCCAUCACUGAACUUGAAAAGAGCUCAAGAGCUAACUUAAUAACCGAUACACCUGAAAAUGUAACAAGUCCCAUGGACUUAACUGCUAUAACUGGUGAGGAGUUAAUCAAACUUGAACAAGCUGCCACAAAGGCACAAGCUGCUUUCAGGGGCUAUUUGGCGCGAAGGGCAUUUUGGGCACUCAAGGGUAUCAUAAGGCUUCAAGCCCUAGUUCGUGGUCAUUUAGUUAGAAGACAAGCUGUUGCUACUUUGAAAUGUAUGCGUGCAAUUGUUGAGUUCCAAGCAUUGGCUCGUGGCCGAAAAGUCAGACUUGGUCAACCCCUUCAAAAACACCCUUCAAGAGAAUUUCUGAAUAAGAAACCAUCCGAGUUGCUUCAAACAUCCAUCAAACAAGAAAAACUGUCAACAAAUGUGUUUGCCACUAAGCUUGUUGCUUCAUCAAACACUACAAUGCCAUUAAGCUUCCAAUACGAACCAAUUGAACCAAAUUCAGUCAAAAACUGGCUUGAAAGAUGGUCAAAAUCCCACUUUUGGGACCCACUGCCACAACCGAAAAAGUCAACCGAAUCAAAACCUAAAAGAAAGCAGACUAAAUUGCAAAGUGAAGAAACGGAAACAGGGAAGCCAAAAAGAAGUGUCCGGAAAGUUCCUGAUAACAAUUUAUCAAAUUCAUCUGAAAAUGAAAAAUCCAGAAGAACAGUGAGAAAAUUCUCAAACCACCAAUCAGAACCAGUUCAAGAACAAUCUAUUAAUGAACUCGAAAAAGUUAAACGUAAUUUAAGAAAAAUAUCCUUAUCCACUUCUGAAAAAUCAGAAACCGAGACUGAAAAGACGGAAAUACCCCUACAAUCCCCAAUUCAUGAAACAAAAACAAAUGGCUCAUAUGUGGAAAGUGUUGUUAAAGAUCCUGAACCGGUUAUGGUUAUAGAAAAUAAAGCGGUUGAUGAAGUGGAAGUGAUACAAAUUGAACAGCCACCUCCUCCCAUUCCCAUGGAGCCAUUGUUAUCCAUGGAAACUAAUAAUGAAGAACCUGCAAAUGGGGAGGUAAAUGGGAAGGAAGAGAAUAAUGGUGUGAGUGUGAAUGUGAAUGUGAAUGGGAAGGAAAGUCAGAAAACAAGGAGGAGAAAAUCUUUACCUGCAAAACAAGAAUAUAAUCAUGAGAGUGUAUCACAGACCACACCUACCUUACCGAGUUACAUGGCGGCUACUGAGUCAGCAAAGGCCAAGCUUAGAGCACAAGCGGCGGCAGAGGCGGCUGAGAAUGGCGGCAGGCGGCAGUCUUUACCCUCCUCCGGUGGGAAACCGAGUCUGCCUUCACCGCGUAUUCAGAAGCCUGUAGUGAAUGGGAAAGGAGGGAGUAAACCUAACAAAUCACAGAUAUCACCUAGAGAUGAGAAAGUGAUGCAGGCGGGGUGGAAGAGAUGAGACAAUGUGAUGGUUUGGUUGGUUGGUUCUUAUUGUGCGAACUUUUGUGUUGUGCUAAAUUGUUAUAUUAGGAGGGCAUUAAGAGAAUAACUGAUGUUUGUUUUUGGGGGUGUUAAUGUUAUUGUUAUUGUUAUAGUUGAUGUUUGAAUGUAUAGUUAUGAACUAAAACAUGUUUUGGAGGUGUGUUUUACUGUCUGGGAUUGUUUGAGAAUAU